GUGGUAACUGUAAAUAAAUUAUAAAGAUCUAACAAUGAACGAUAUUACCAAAAAUAAAUGGGUACGAAGAUGAAAUUUGAAAAGUCCUUACCACCGUCGGUUGAAGGCAAGGUCCACGGUUAUUUAAAGUUCGUUAUAGACGAGGUUAUUUGGUCAAACAGAAACUUUGGUGAGAUUAAAGUUUUUGUAUCUUGGUGGGGCGAAACUGAUAAAAGCGAAUUCAGACCAGUAGAUAUUACAAAGAAUGUCACAAGACCAGUACAAGAGGUAACUGAAACUUAUGCGAUUCGUACAAACAUAAGUUUAUUCGAGGAAUAUAUCAAAAACUGUGAAUGUUUAGAAUUAACUAUUGUCAGCGAAGAAACGAAUACAGUUUUAGGAGUAUCUCGGGUGACAGACUUGUUGGAGAUCUUCAAGUUCAGACCAUUCUUUAGAUAUGUACCGAUAGUAACUGACUGUGGAGAUAAGAUAGGCGAAAUACACAUUAAUGUAAAGUUAGAACUUGUUACAAAGUCUAGUAAUAUGCAAUUGAAAACACAAAAAUACGAAAGAAAGCAAGCAAUUGGUAAUACUUCUAUUAAUGCCUUUACUGAUGAACACAUUAUGAAGACUAACAGAUAUACCGUUAAUAGAAGAGAAAAACCUGAAGAGAAUAAAACAUACAAGUCUAUUUUGAAGUUGAGAAAAACAGAAUUCCAAGAGCCCGUUAAUAAAUUUAAUAACGAUGUGACGGAUAAACUUGUCGCUCACGUUGUUGCACGUGCACAGAAACUCAGAGGAGCUAUAUUGAACGAAACGUACAACGACAAUGGCUUCAGUAGUAGUGAUCAUUCGAACGAUGAAGAUAUUGAAUUGACAUCGUCCGAUGAAAGUAAAUCGUUGUGUACAUUGAGCUUGUCAGAUCUGACAUCUAAUAGUUUGAAAGCUACCAAAUGUGAUAACAGGAACACAGCAAAUAAUAUACCUUCUAUAAAAAUGCAUUCCUUGGAAGAUGAUACACGUUUAGGGAGAAGAUCACCUAUAAAUUCAGAAGAUUCAGAGCUAUUUAAUUUUGUCAAUCAUAUUAAAAUCAAUGUGGAGUCGUUUAGUUUAAGUCCUGCUGGGUACAGACGCGUAAAGUCUUCUUCGAUGUCAAAUAACGACAAUACCUUUUUAUCUGCAACGUACUUUGUUCAGUACAACAUGACGUUUGAUUAUAUGAAAAAGAGUGAGCAAAAAUGGAUGAAGGAAAAAAAACCUGUAAGAAUAUCGUCUAAGAAGCAGGUCAAUCAAGUGAUUUAUUUUAAUCACCGUAGUACGUACAGCGUACCCAGGUUGAAACGUUGCACAGAACGGUCUAUAAAAUUCAAAGUAUUCGUUCGUCAUCUUAAUAGAAAAUCUUUAAUCGAAUUAGGCAACGCCACUAUCUGUCUUGAGAAUGUAAUAAAAACUGAAAGCUGGAGAUUAGAACAAGAACUAAUUAUUGUUAAUAAAGGAAUAAAAACAGGGAAUCUAAAUGUAAUUAUAGAAUUAGGCGCUAGUCAUUUUGAUAAAUACAUCGACAAUAUGAAGCCUGCCAAGGAGAACAUUCCUACUUUGGAUACGCAACAGUUACUAAAUGAAACUAGAAAUAAAAGGACAAAAAGUCAGUCCAAGACGAGUAACGAUGUAUCAUCGAUUUCGACUGAAGUAGUAAACAGUUUAACAGGCGACAGGAAUUUAGUUACGACAUCAAGAUUCAUAACGGGAACUAUAGAUGACAACAAUAUAGAUACGAAGAAUUAUGAAAAUAGAAUGGAAGAUAAGGUUUUGCUUCAUGGUCUGAUCUACGUGGCUGAAGGACGAGAAUUACCAGAGUUAAAUACGUAUUUAAUAUGUAGAGCGUUUUGGAGAGAAGAUACGACUAAAAGUCAAGUCUGUAAUAAUACGAAAAAUCCAUUUUAUAAAUUUCUACAGUUAGUUCCUCUUAUAUACGAUCUCGACUUGUUAGAACGUAUUAAAGACAAUUAUAUAAUUAUCGAAGUUUAUUCGAAAAAGAACAACGUAGAUAAUCUACUAGGAUUAACGAAACUAUCUUUACAUCAGUUAUACGUUGCGUACAGAGAUCCACGCGUACUUCCUCAUCUGCUAUUAUCAAAGUAUCCGGUAAUAAGCGUGGAUGGUUGGGUACCGAUCGUAGAUCCUGUGACUGGACGGUCUUGCGGUCAAUUGCUCGUGCUCGUAGCUCUUGGCUCUGCUGAGCAAAUCGCGUUAUUAGAAAUGUCAAGAGGUUUGCGAACUAUUUGCACAUCAAUGCAUUUAAACGAAAUUCCAGAUAGCGCAAACUAUUCGCAAUUAAAUAAAGAUGCAUUGUCGCAAGAUCGUCCUCAGACUUUUGUCAUCAAUGCUGUUGACAGAGAAUUGUAUUACUCGAAUUCGAGAACUCAAGAAUGCCAGACAGAUAUCACAACUGUUGGAGAGUACAAAAUUAACGGAGCACUACAAGAGAAAGCUACCAGCUCCUCGACUUUGCACGAUACGAUUGAUCAUUUGGCGAAGAUGAUAAACAUUAAUAAAAUCAACAUUGAUCAGGCCGCACAGACGGACAUUUAUUUCGAAGGAAACAAGCGAAUGAUUGAAGAAGAACAUACAUGUAUGAAUAGAGUACAGUUUAACAAUAGCUCCGAUGACAGUGAUAAUAACAGCGUAAGACAUAAUUAUCACUUACCAACGGAAGCAUAUAGAAGCGUUGGCGUCGGUGCUGAAUACAAUGAAGAGAUUGAUCAGCCUAAUACUGGUCACAGCAACGCAACAUCCGAGUUACCAACUACGACGCGUACGGAAAGCGAUUCAGAGAAUGUUACCAGCGACCAAACAAUGUUUAGAGCCAUCGUGGAGAUUGAAUGCGCAUUGCACUUGCCGAAAGUAGAAAAACUUAACGAAACUGUUGAACCGACCACAUAUGCAUCGUUCCAGACCAAUAAAAAUGAUUAUACGAGACAGCCGAAUUCUUACACGAUUACUAACAUUUAUCCACAUAGUUGCAAUCCUAAAUGGAAUUGGAAAUGCGAAACGGAAUUAUCAACAGAUCUGCUUGUACAUGAUGAGAAAAGAUUGAUCGUCAAAAUUUGGCGUAUAAUAGAGCCAGAUACCAGUAUGCAAACAAGUUCAGACAGAGAUGUAGUUAUAGGAUUCUCUGCCAUUGAUCUUUCUGUUUUACUUAAUGGAUUCCCUCAAGUAUCUGGGUGGUUUCAUAUAAUGGACUUUACUGGAAAAUGCAAUGGCCAGAUCAAGGUAUGUAUUACUCCAUUGGACAAUCUAUCAUUGUUUGGAAAGCCUGGAUCCAUGUUAAAUACAGUUCAACUACCGACAAGUUCCAUGCCACAAUUAAACUGGACUCCGUAUGCUUAUGAGAUGCAGUGUAGCAAUAUAAGAAGAAAUAAUAUGAAUUGUACUCCGUCGAUAACUACACAGGAAGAAGAGAAAUCAGUACAUAGCGAAAGCCAAUCGAACAUUGGUUUUGAAGAUGUGUCCAUGUCGUUCUUAUCCUUGUCUCUGAAACAAAAACUGACGGAAUUAGAUGAAAUAACAAAGCGUCUUGAAUCCAGAUUACGCGAUGUCACAAGUACCGCUUUUGAGGAUGACUUGGAAAAUGAAUUUGAACCGAACAGUGAUAUCGAGAACACUGAUUAUAAAGUUGUUACUCCGACGGAUGUUCCCACAACAGAUUGUAAAAUUAUUACGGAGUCUAAACAGAAUGAAAGUGUAUCAACUGAAAGUAAUUUGCCGCACACUAAUGUCAACUGCGAUAAACCAGUUGGCCGCAAAGUACAACGGCCAAGUGAACAUCCAAUGCAGAACUUUAAAAUGUUUGACAACAAUAUUACUGACUACCCAGAACGAGGAGCGAAAACUCACAUAAAUUACUUACUUGAUAAACUGUCUUUAAAUCUUCCCACAAAAUCGCGGUCGUCUACUGUCAGGCCUAUAAGAAGAACUUCACCCAGUUUACCGACAUCAUCUAAUGGCAACAUGCUAGACAGUGACAGAUGUAAUGAAGAAUUGAAGAUAGUGCCUACUCAAACGGAUGAUACGUACGAGCGAGUUGCGAAAACCUCGAAAGAUCUACUUGUGAAUUAUACGAGUAGCAGAGAGAUUGAAGAUAAGAAAUCAUCCGAGUUACAGACGAGAACUUGUAAUAAAAUGUCGAUGGUAAUUCGUGACGAGUUGAUUGCCGAAGAGAAUAACAGCACGUCCAAAUGCGAUGAGUUAACGACAUAUCUUUUAACUUCGAACGUCCGUCACAUGGAUUUGAAUAACAUCUUCAGCCCGCUUUUUUAUCCGUAUCUAUAUAACAUGGAUAGAUCGCCAGAAGAAGAAACCGUAGAACAAUUGGAUAAUCGAUACACUAAAGUGUUCAAUACCUCGAUAAAUGACAAACUAAACAAAACUUAUAGUUCAUUGGAGAGUCCUCCAGAAAAUGCUAAAGUUUGUAGAAUGACGCCAUCCGGAGUACCAGAAAAUAUUAACGAUAGCAUUGACUUUACUAUUCUCCACAAAUCCAGUUGUAACGAUUUGUUGGCUAGUAACAGUACUGAGUCGACUACAACGAUAUCGGGUGAUAAGUCAAUGGAGAAAUCGAUUGAUUCUGAGAUACUUGAAAAUUGUGAGUCUUCUGAAACGUCAGUCCUUGCAUUUUCAAGACAAGCUCCCGAUGGCGGUAAUCCUGUUGAAGAUACAAGGCAAGGCAUAUUAGUUACACGGCAAGAAGAUGAUGAAACCCAACAUUCAUCGUCAGGUAAUUACAAUUAAUCUGGAGUAACACCAGUUUCUUUACCAACAAUUACUAUUAUAAACUACAAAUAUACACAUACAUAAGCAGAGAUAAAUGCAUGUAAAUUGAUGAUUUAAAGUUUAUACGCGGUUUGUCAGUUUAUAAUACACGCGAUUUACGUGAUUAGUUUUAUUUAAUGCUUAAGGUAUAUACACGCUGCUAUUUUGCAGACUGCUAACGUAUAUACAUAUUAAUAAUGUAUAUCGUCGUAUAAUGCACAUUACUAAUUGUUUAAAACAUCUACUUCAUAUGAAUAUACAUAAUUUAACUAUUUUUUAUAUAAUUUUUGUGUAUAUAAA